AUGAGCGACGAACAAAAUUCGGUAUCGGCGAAUAAUUCGAAAGUUCAAUUUGGUAGUUUGGCUAAUGAGGAAACCGUACAGAAGUUGUUGGCUGAAAAUGAAGCAGAAAAUGAAAAAAAUGAUGAAUUUUUUGAUUUGGAUAGUGUUGAUAAUCCAAUGGAACGUGAAGUUAUGGCUGAGUUUGAACGGAGACGACGUGCGAGAACGCUAACAUUACCAACAGACGAUGGACAUGUUAAAUUGCUUCUUCGAAAAUUAAAUGAACCAAUAUGUCUGUUCGGCGAGGAUAAAUUGGAUAGAAAGGAACGUCUUAGAACAAUUUUAUCUACCAUGUCUGAAGAAGAGGUAACAAGAAUAUUGCAUAGUCCUGAAGAAACUGAGACAAUGCAGCAACGAGAUUCAGCUACAUGGUACCACAAAGGUCCAGCUUCACUAAGAGAUGCUCGCAUUGCAAUAGCUGAUUAUUCAUUGCCAAGAGCAAAAGAGAGGCUUAAAAAGGCUCGUGAAAAUGCUGUUCGUUCACAACAUCAGAUUGCUGUUGCAACUCAAGAGAUGUAUCGAUGGAUAUCUUCAUUGUCUGUAUAUUGUUCACAAGUAGCUGAUAUACGUCCUGUAUCUUCUUGUGAAUUUUCCCCAGAUUCAAUGCAUUUAAUUACUUCUGGAUGGUCUGGUGAAUGUUGUAUUUGGUCUAUACCCGACUGUAUUCGAGAAAGGCAUUAUAUUGCUCAUAAUCGACAAGCUGGAUGUGCCCGAUUUCAUCCAGGAGCAUAUAUAUCGCAAGAACCGUAUGCACUUAAUGCGGCUACUUGUGGUUAUGAUGGAAGUGUCAAACUAUGGAGUGUUGAAACUGAUAAUCCACUAUCUGAACUUGAACCCCAUUCUCAGAGAGUUUCGAAAAUUGCUUUCCAUCCAUCUGGUCGAUUCCUUGCAACCUGUUGCUUUGAUUGUUCAUGGCGUUUGUUUGAUGUCGAUUAUGAAACUGAAGUUCUUUUCCAGGAAGGACAUAGUAAACCUGUUUUCCAUGCUGAUUUUCAGAUUGAUGGUUCACUGAUUCUUACAGUGGGCAUGGAUUGUUAUGGGCGUGUGUGGGAUUUGCGAACAGGUCGAUGUAUAAUGUUUCUGGAAGGUCAUCAAAAAGAGAUUUACUGUGGUCAGUGGAUGCCUAAUGGGUAUCAAAUGGUAACUGGUUCAGCUGACAAUAGUUGUAUGGUGUGGGAUCUGCGUAUAAGACGUGCUAUAAAACCUAUCGCAGCUCAUACAUCAUUAGUGUCAGGAUUACGAAUUGAAGGAAACGGUCAGUAUAUGAUCACCUCAUCUUAUGAUAAUUCACUUAAGGUUUGGGAAACAAAUGGCUGGAAGCCUUUAAAAAAAUUGAUGGGCCAUGAUACAAAAGUGAUGGGAGUUGAUAUAUCAUCUGAUGGCAAAUGGAUUGCUAGCGUCAGUUUCGACAGGACCUUUAAGCUGUGGACUAAAGAUAUUUAA